UCGUGCCUGCGUCAGUGGGGAAGGAGGGGUUAGUGGGGAUUUUUCUUGUUGAGUGUAAAACCCUAACAAAAUCUCAAUCACCAAAACGAUGAAGCGAGUUUGGAGAUUCACUUCAGACGCAGUAGCGCAAGCCGAACACUUCUGCUUCCACUCCCAUGGAAUCCCUAACCCUAAACCUAAUAUUCCGUCCUUUACUACCACCACUGCCGCAUUCACAUCGCCUGGCCUCACGCGCCGCCACUGCACCUCCGCUACCCCUCCUCCUCCUCACCCGCUCCAAGAUAUUACUCCCCUCUUCAUCGAGAAACGCAGGCUUCCGUUCGGAGAGGAUCUCAUCAAUAAAGCAUCGGUUUUGAAGAACCAACUGGUUCUCGAAGCCUCGGAUUCCAAUCGGGUAAUUGAGAUCCUCGAUGAGAACUCUGCAUCACUGAUUGAAAGUCAUGUAGGUGGAUCUGUGCUGCUCGAGCUCUUGAAUCAGUUGGAUUCGUGGCCUUCCUUGGCCCUUCAGGUGUUUGAUUGGAGGAGGGAGAAGAAGAAUUAUGGUGUUGACUCCCCCAUGAGUGUAUAUGAGUAUUCUAAGGGCAUAAAAGCUGCAGGUAGAUGUAAAGAUGUUCAUCAUGCCGUUGAGAUCUUUCUAGAUGCUGCAAAGAAGGGCAUGAGAACGACCAGCACUUACAAUGCAUUGAUGAGUGCUUUUAUGUUCAAUGGUCUUGCAAAGAAUUGUCACGAGUUGUUCUGUGAUAUGAAGAAGCAUGCAGCUUGUCCUCCUUCAAUUGGCACAUACAAUAUUCUCAUAUCUCUUUACUCUCGCUUGCUGUUGGUGGAUCACAUGGAAGAAACAUACCAGGCAAUAAAAGAGUCGGACCUCCAACCCAGUGAGAAUACUUAUAAUUAUUUGAUUGCUGGAUAUAUCUCGGCUUCGAUGUGGCAUGACAUGGAGAGAGUUUUUCAAAUGAUGAACAGAGGCCCUGUCAAGCCUAACUUGAAAACCCACCUGCUAAUGCUUCGAGGCUAUGGACAAUCAGGUAAUCUGGAGAAGAUGGAAGAGAUGUAUUCUCUAGUAAGGGAUCAUGUAAACAAAAAAGAAAUUCCAUUGAUCAGGGCCAUGAUAUGUGCGUAUUGUAAAAGUUCAGAUUCGGAUAGAGUGAAGAAGGUAGAGGGAUUGUUGAAGCUUAUUCCACAAAAACAUUACAGACCAUGGUUGAACGCCUUGUUGAUUAAGCUCUAUUCCCAGGAGGACUGGUUAGAGGAAAUGGAGAUUGCAAUUAAUGAGGCUUUUGAGCGCAGAACCCGGAUAGCCUCAGCAAGUAUUAUGAGAUGCGUUACUGCAACUUAUUAUCGGUGUAAUGCAAUAGAAAGGCUAGAAACUUUUGUGAAACGUGCUGAAUGUGCUGGGUGGAGAAUCUGUCGGUCCUUGUAUCAUUAUUAAUUGCAAAAUUUGUUCCUUACUCUUGCCCGAAGCUGAACUUGUCUAGAAUUCUAACGAAGGAACUUGCAGUUAAUUGCAUAUGUUCUAUGUUGAGAAUCAUUCAAGUUUUAUACCAGUGGUUGCACAUGGCAGCAUGCACUAAUAUUAGAAAAAUAAAAUUAGUGCAAAUGACAUCUUCAGCAGCUUGUCAUUUAAAUAAUUUGUAGGUAUGCAUCUUUUCUUGAGGCUUCUUUUAAGAUAUUCUUGUUCUGGUGUAUUACUUAUUUUGCCGUCAUGCCAUUAAUAAUGUUAAUCGAUACAUACUUGGGUUUUGAUUAUGAACAUUUUACCACUCCUCUAUUGUUAACAAUAAUAAUUCUGAAGUUUUCUGAUGGUGGUAUUUGUUUGAGUGGUGCCUCUGGAACUGGUUCUGCACAAGGAUACUUUGUUUUAGAUGCAUGAUUUGAAGUUAUGCUUUGUUAUGCAAGUCUGGAUAGUUUGACAAUAUAACCUUUAUAAAAUAAGUUAGGCUUCAACACUUGACUUUUUGCUAAAGAAUAUAACAUAGCAGGAUACUCCUUUUUAAUCCAACCAUUUAGGUAAUAUACAAAAUGAUUGCUUACAUUUUCUGCUUUACUGACAGUAGUUAUUGCAGAUGGUGUUGUACAUGUGCAGUCUUUGGGAGAUGAAGGGUCCCCAACACAUUGAGUGCUGCUGUGUUUGCAAAGUUUGAAUAGCACUUUCUUGAUACGUAUACACAGAAGAGAGCAACUCUUGAUCUUUAUGCUGAGUCUAUUUACCACUUAUGAAACCAUGUUGGAAGUUUGGAAGAGCAAGAAGUUGAUAUGGCAACAACAUUUAUUUAUUUAAUACAUAUUCAUGAAAUUGGAGCUUGCAUUACCAUGCACCAAACAAUCAAUUCUUUGAAUGGCUAUCCCCUUCAAAGCCAUUUGUUUCGAAGCUAAAAUUUGCAAAUUUUUGUCAGCUAAAUUUUGUUGUAGAUGUCCUGAAUUCAUUGGCAGAUUAUGCUUGUAAUAAAUGGUUAGGGUGAAAAAUUUUAAUCCAGACGGUUGAUAAUAUUAUUCUUUUGUAUACUCAGACAUAAUUGCAUAUACUU